AUGGCUACUGUACCGUCCCCUCAACAACUGCCCAACCCAUACACUUCUCUGGCGUGGCUAUCGCCUGCCGCCGCCAAUCAAUACGAGGGUUCACGCUACCUCUAUGUAGCUUCUCUCUCGGUAUUUAUCUGGGAUUGGAUGAUUGCUUGGCCGGACGAGUACAAGAUCAUAUCCAAGGCACCCAUCUGUCCUUCCAGCAUUAUUUAUUCUACCUCUCGGAUAAGCGUUUUCUCUUUCCUUUUGACUAGCGUCAUAUUUCAGGCCGCUCCCGUAGGCUCCUGCGAGAUACUUCUGGAUGUCAUGACUUGGUCCCUCACCAUCAGCGUUCCGUCUACAUCGGCGCUCUUCUAUCUGCGUAUCUGUGCGGUUUUCCACAACUCAAGGAUUGUCGCGGUGAUCUUUGGGGUCCUAUGGCUCUUUAUUCUCGGCACCGCCUUUUUGAUUCCCUUUUCCCUCACUGGGAUGCACAUAGGCACAACGGACUGGUGCAUCGACUCCGGCGUAAAGUUCUUUGGCUCUUUGGUCGUGAUUUCCAGUGUCACAUCCGACACACUCUCCUUUUUCGCCAUUUCAUACAGGCUCGCAUCGUCCUCGAUGCAGGGAAGCAGCCUAAGGGAUCGAUUCAGGGCGUUCGUCCGAGGCGACGGGCUUCCGAGAAUAUCGAAACUGCUCUUACAGGGCGGUCAGUGGUACUACUUCGUAUCCGUCGCAAUGGGCGUGGUGACGAUGUCAAUGAUCCUCUCGCCCCAUACAUCUCCCGUCUUCCGUGCGAUGUUCCCGAUUCCCAAUAUCGCCCUGAAGAAUGCCAUGGCUACGCGCAUCUUCCGCCAAGUCCACCUGGGGAUCAUCCAGACAGACAUGUCUUCGUCGCACUGCUCCGGGCAGUUGCGCAUGCGCGGGUUCUCGAGUCACGACUUGCGCAGUGCCGUCUCUGCAGGCAGGAGCCUUGAACACGACGUAUACCAAUUGGAGACGCGGGGGGUGGAUCACCGUGUCCCGCUUGCCGACCACAUCGACAUCGAGAUCACCAAGACGAUUGAGACGCGCCGCGAUGUGCCAGACGAUAUACCUGCGAAGGCGGACGUGGAGUUGGCGCUUGGUGGGAUGUAG